GCUAGAAAUGGAAAGAGCAGAUGAUGUCUACACAAAAGAUGGGACAACUGAUAUCAAUAAAGCACCAGCUAACAAGAAAAAAACUGGGACAUGGAAGGCUUGUUUCUUCAUCCUUGGGGAGGAAAUCUCUGAGAGACUAGCGUACUUUGGUACGAGUGCUAAUUUGGUUAAUUAUCUUCAUCAAAUGCUUGGCCUAAACAACGCGGCUGCAUCAAAAGUUGUAACAAACUUUCAAGGAACUUGCUAUGUCACGCCUUUGCUCGGAGCAUUCUUAGCUGAUGCUUACUUUGGGAGAUACUGGACAAUAGCAAUUUUCUCAAUCAUUUAUAUAAUGGGAAUGACUCUAUUGACAAUGUCAGCUUCAAUAGUUGGAAUAAAGCCAUCAUGUCAUAAUGGAAUUUGCCACCCAACAGAGCUAGAGAAAACAACAUUCUACAUUGCAAUUUACUUGAUUGCUUUAGGGACUGGUGGCAUCAAACCAUGUGUGUCCUCUUUUGGGGCUGAUCAGUUUGAUGACAACGAUGAGGUCGAAAAGAGAAGGAAAAGCUCCUUCUUUAACUGGUUUUAUCUGUCAAUCAAUAUUGGUUCUCUUAUUGCUUCAUCAGUCCUUGUUUGGAUACAAACGAGUGUCGGCUGGGGCUGGGGUUUCGGAAUUCCAGCUGUUGCAAUGGCUAUUGCUCUUAUGUUUUUCUUUGCAGGCACUCGUUUUUAUAGGCUCCAGACGCCAGGAGGUAGUCCAUUGAUUCGGAUGUUGCAAGUAUUGGUAGCUUCUAUGAGAAAAUGGGAUGUUAAACCUCCUGCUGAUAAAUCUCUUCUUUAUGAGACUGCUAAUGAGGAAUCAAGCAUCCAGGGAAGCCGCAAGCUCGCUCAUACGGAUAAAUUCAGCUUCUUGGACAAGUCUGCUGUGGAAACAACACGCGAUAAAGUAAAUGGAUCGGUGAAUCCCUGGAGGCUCUGUACCGUGACACAAGUUGAGGAAAUAAAGUCUAUUAUUUGUCUACUCCCAGUGUGGGCAUGCUGCAUUAUGUUCAUGACUGCAUACAGUCAGAUGAACACAACAUUUGUGCUCCAAGGGAACACAAUGGACCGCCACAUGGGCGGUCAUUUCAAAAUACCAUCAGCAUCUUUGACAGUAUUCGAAACAAUCAGUGUGAUACUAUGGGUGCUGAUAUAUGACCAACUCAUCAUCCCCUUUGCUAGAAAGUACACAGGCCACGCCCGGGGAUUCACUCAGCUUCAGAGGAUAGGUAUAGGCCUUGUAAUAUCUAUAUUGUCCAUGGUAUCUGCUGGUGUUGUGGAAGUAGUACGCCUCGACUACAUCAAACAGAAGGGGUAUUAUGAUGUCAAGACAAUUCCUAUGUCUAUCUUCUGGCAAGUUCCUCAGUAUUUUUUCAUUGGAUGCGCGGGGGUAUUCACGUUGAUAGGUCAAGUGGAAUUCUUCUAUGAUCAAGCUCCCGAUGCGAUGAGAAGCUUAUGUUCAGCCCUAUUGUUGAUGGCAGCUGCAUUAGGUAGCUAUUUGAGUAGUUUCCUAGUUACAAUAGUGACAAGGAACAAGAAGUUUGGAUGGAUAACAGAAAAUUUGAACAAAGGGCAUUUAGAUUACUUCUUUUGGCUAUUGGUUAUACUUAGCAUUAUCAACUUCAUGGUGUUUCUAUUGGUUUCAAGAUUGUAUGUCUACAAGAAGGUUAUUCAUUGA